CGGGGGUAGGAGGGCGCGCGAGGCGUGCGAGAAGCGGCACGCGCCGGCUCGCGCACGCCCCAGUCCCAGCCCCCGCGCGGCGCGGGGGGAAGGCGGAGGCGGCGCCGGGGCCGCCGAGGGCAGCGCCCCCGCCGCGGGAGUGGCGGCCGGUGAGGGGCGGUCGGUGAGGGGCGGUGCGGCCACCUGCCAGCCGCGGGGCGCACAGGGGGGCGGGCGCCGAGGAGGCGACCGGAGGCGCGGAGCGAGCCGGCGCCCGCGCAGCCCGCCCCGGCGUGCCCAGGCGCCGCGGCCCCGAGGCGAUGGAGCAGGAGAAGUACCUGCCCGAGCUGAUGGCAGAGAAGGACAGCCUGGAUCCCUCCUUUGUUCACGCCAUGCGCCUCCUGGCCGACGAAAUUGAAAAAUUUCAGGGUUCUGAAGGCAAGAAGGAAGAUGAAGAAAAGAAGUAUCUUGAUGUUAUCAGCAACAAAAACAUAAAGCUGUCAGAAAGAGUUCUGAUCCCUGUCAAACAAUAUCCAAAGUUCAAUUUUGUUGGGAAAUUGCUUGGACCAAGAGGAAACUCCUUGAAGAGGUUACAAGAAGAAACAGGUGCAAAAAUGUCCAUCCUGGGAAAAGGAUCCAUGAGGGAUAAAGCAAAGGAGGAAGAACUAAGGAAAAGUGGAGAAGCCAAAUACGCGCACUUGAGUGAUGAGCUUCAUGUAUUAAUUGAAGUGUUUGCUCCACCUGGGGAGGCAUAUUCUCGGAUGAGUCAUGCCUUGGAAGAAAUAAAAAAGUUCCUUGUUCCCGAUUAUAAUGAUGAAAUUCGUCAGGAGCAGCUGAGAGAACUGUCGUAUUUGAAUGGUUCUGAGGAUUCAGCACGUGGACGGGGCAUUCGAGGAAGAGGGAUCCGUGUGCCACCUGCAGCUCCUUCAAGGGGACGUGGGGGUGCGAUUCCUCCACCCCCACCCGGACGAGGUGCCCAAGCACCCAGAGGAGCGCCGGUGACCCGUGGAGCCCUCCCUGUCCCCCCAGUGGCAAGGGGUGUCCCCACUCCUCGAGCAAGGGGUGCCCCGGCUGUGCCGGGCUACAGGCCACCCCCGCCACCCACACACGAGGCCUAUGAAGAAUAUUUGGGCGAUAAUCCUGUUGAACAUCUCCUUCAAGCUAUCUCUGUUGCCAAGGGAUACGAUGACGGAUAUGGGGGUGAAUAUGAUGAUCCAAGCUAUGAGGCAUAUGAUAACAGUUAUGCCACCCAAACACAAAGGCUGAAAAUAGGGGGAUGGGAUCACUUCUGGAAGAGACUGUGACAGAGUCUUGCGAUCAAACUGGAAUGAAACCCACAAUAAGUCUGCAUGGCUGAAUGAGCUGAGAGGCUCCUCAAGGGCACUUUGACAUGGACACAAUAAGCAACCUGAAGCAAGAGAACAGCAGGACCCUCACUAUGGUAAGUGCAACCUGCACCUUAUUAUGUUUGGGGUGACUGAUUUUAGGAAGGAGAGAAUUUGGGGCUAUGACAAAUACAGUCUAUAUUGCAUGAGACAUAUCUUGCUUUAACAGAAGCUGUAUUUCUAAGGCCACCUUUUUCCCUCCUCACCGUCCUGUCCCAUAAUGACAACCCAGAACACAGGAUGAAACCUUAGGACAAAGAUUUAAAUGAACAAUUGGCUGGCCUUCCCAACUGUGUGGAGUCUUGUAAAUAAUGGUUAUAGACAAAAGACUAAAGGUUUAGCAAGGACAUUUAGAAAACCUGCUCAUUUUAGAAAUGUGUUUAUAAUGAUAUCAAAAUACAGAUUUUAAGGUAAUUAGAAUGAAGGCUUUGUCCAGUGCCAAAGAGAACAAGGAGACAAACAUUUCAGUGGGCAGGAAAAGACAUCAGAUCUGACAUAUUUCCCAUGGGCGAUGUUGCAGGGCACUUUGAAUUUCUUGGCAAAACCUCUUUUUCUUCUCUCUUCCUCUCACUUCCAUACAGUGUGAAGAUGGCUUUCAGUGAUAAGUACAUCUGCCUGCCCAGACACACCAAGAGAUAUGCAGUAGUUGUUAAGUUUAUACAUUACUCCCUAGGCACUAGGAAGUCAGGCAGAGAACACUCAGACCCUUUCUGCCAGCUAGAUUUACCUCUGGAGUCUCUAGUCUGACAACUUGGGUUAGAAAUAUAAAACCAAGACAUGCUAUUCAGAAGUAAAAAUCCCUUUCUGAAUAUGAUUGCUAGUCCUGCUCCUCACCAUUGCCUCUUCACCCAUGUCAACGGUGAGGGACAGAAGGGAGGUAAGGGAAAGAAUUAGCCUAAUGUUCUCAAAAAGCCACAUCUCAUCUCAGCAACCAGUUAAUAUCAAUCUCAAGUUUUCCACUCCCCUUACACCUGCUACUUAAAAACUUGUAAGAAAUAUAUUCUUAUUGUCUAACAGAAUUCUGGCAUGAAAAAAAAUUACUAUCACUGCACAUGUGUUUAGGUAGAUUCAGCCCUCACCUGUGAGACCUUCUGUCAGGUGCUGCCCAAAUUCCAUUGCUAAGGUAGAUGUCAUUACUGUGCAGGCCUGUAAAGGUAUGCUGCUUGUCCACUUUUUGAUGAUUCUUAGCAACUCAAGCACACUGGUAUUUUUGAAUGGUUUCUUACCUUCAAGCCAUGUUGGAACAUGUUGUGGCAACCAUUCUUACUUUUAAUUCCCACUCAGAUAUUAAUUCAAACAAGUAAAUACGAUUUUUACAGGGCAACAGGCAAGUUCAUGAAGCAAAACUCAAAAAUGAGAGAAGUAUCAAUUUCCAACUCAGCUGUAACACAGAAGAUGUAGGAGGAUCCUAUUAGUUUUCAAAAUAUAAUACACUUUUUUAUCUUAGCAGGAACUUUUAAGUCUGUUGAAUCACCACCACCAUUGUCCAGGAUUCAUGGCCUGGGAACACUAGAUCACAAGGAGAAAAAGAUAAAAAGUUUUGUGAGAGAAUCUACAAGAUCUGCCUCUCUGGUUACUCAAAGCGUGGUAGGAGUCAGACUGUACUACAUGCAAAGUGUGGCCAAACUCCUCAACAAAGAUCAAAUGAAUAAUUUUGUGGCAGUGGAUCAGUUGCUGAUGAAUCAGCUGAGAACCACGAUGUCCAGGAGAGCCGUCUUCAGCUCUGCUGACGCAUCUAUAGUCAUCUCCAGUGACCUUUGUGUCUCUGCCAACACCAGCAGUUUCAUUUCAAAGGUACCAUGUCUCACAGCUGAAAGAUAUACUAAGGAAAUAUGGGACUGACAGGUUAGUCACGGGACAAACCAUGAAGAGUACAUUCUAUUUAAGCCACUUAUGCAUAACCUGACCAGCCAUAUGUAGUGCAAACAAUGGUGCUUGAUGGGGAAAAGCAAAGUCAAUGACUGUCCAUUGAAGCUUAAGAUUUGUGUUUGAUAGUGUCCCUGUUCCAAAUGAAAGUAUCUUAGGGGACCGAAAAAGAGAGAAAGAAAAGGUGCAGUAUCAGAGAAUUUCAAGUUGAUUGGCAUAGCUUUCAUCUAACUGAAUUAUACUUAACUCAAAAGAUACAAUUAUAUCUAGUUCAUACCCAUAGCUAUGCUGUCAUGUGCAAAGUCCCACUGGGCUCCUGUGUCUCAAUGACAGUAACAAAAGUAUAACAAGAAGUUUCAGGGCAUAUAUGGUACCUAUGUGCACUUUCCUGCUAUGGCAGAAGGUUGCAAUGAUCACAUCAAUGCAGUAGUAUCUCAGUGAUUAUAUGUUCAUAAUGAUACCUAUCAAUUCGACCCUUAACAGGCUCUGCAGUUCUGAUUCAUGUAUAAUGACUCAGACUCACUGAAAAUUUCAAGAACAUAUUCAACCAUUGAGAUUGAAUAUAUGACAAACUAUUGACUUUGAAAAUAAACUUUGUUUUCCUGGUUAUUCUUGUUUCCAUUGUUAAGUUCAUUCUGUCUACUGUACAGCUUGUGUUAACAGCUCCAUUUUGUGCAGUAUGGGCUGCUAGUACAGGGGACUUAGGGAUCACUUAUUUCUGAUCUGAUAAGAAGGAAUAUAACAUGGACAACCAUUCAGCCCAUGUCACUUUUGUAGCUUAUGGUACAAUCACUUCAGUGAUGGACUAUUCUUCUCUCCAAGCUCCGUUUGCAUUCAGCAAAAAUGAUGGCCAUAUGUUUCAGUAACGGAAAGUUAGUGUUAACAUUAGUAGAGAGUGAAGAACACUAAUAGAUCUAGAGUGCUUGGUUAUCUCCAUCACCAUAGCUUUUAAAACCACAUUAGACAAAUUUCAGUGAAAAGCCAUGUAAAUAAAUUUGUGUUCUUGUAGGUAGACAAAAUUAUCUAGGUCACACGUUAAGAUCACUUCUGCCUCUAUUUUCUGUUACCUUUUCUCCUCUUUGUUCAUGCACAACUGCGUUUACUUCAAGGUAACAACACAGGAUAAUCUAAUUGGGCUAAGGAAGCUGUUUUAUUACAAAUAGAAAGUAACCCAAUUUUCAAAAUCCAUUUUGAUGUAUGGGGUGUUUAUGACUGAUAAAAAUCCUUUUAGGAACAAUUAAAGUAAAUCUGAUGUUUCAAGCACUAAAAAAGUAAAUGAAUUUUUCAUAGAGUAGGAUCCUGGUUUUCAUAUGUUUGUUAUUAAGUUACAAUACAUAAUUCUAGUCUCUUCCUUCAGCAUGAUCUCAUAAUAAGGAUAUUAGAUCUUAAUUUUUCAGAGGUAGCAUUUUCAUCUAGAUACACAGAUGUACAAAAACUGAAGACUGUAGCACAUCUCACAGUACAAUGCAGCACUGGAUGAACUUUCUGGUUUAGACUGUCCCUUUAUGCUGAAAAGGGGCAAAAUUCAUUAGGGGAAAAAAAAAAUCUUAUAUACAAAAGUAUCAAGACACUGAAGAGUUAUGCUACUAUUAUUUGCCACUACAAAGAAAAUUAAUAUCAUGGCUAACUCAUGUGAAGCAUAAACUAUCUUAGAUGCUCCUUUUAGCUUCAAGUAUUGAUGUAGACUUCUUACAACAGUGCCAGGGCUUAUACAACAAUAGUUAGUGCAAAUUGCAACAUGAAACCUGUUUUGUCAGUCUUCUCACUGACAUCUCUAUUCAUUAGAAGAGUAAAUAAGUCUUGCACAGUUCUGCAAGAAUGAAUUGCUAAAAACCUUCUGCUGCGGAUCUAAGAGAAAGACAGCAGUAACAUUCCGAUUUUUUCACAUUGUUUUUACUGAUGUGACAGAUGUCUUGGAGCCACCCAGUUUAGAGGCCACCUUCCUGUGACUGAUGUUAACAGCAUUAACUUUAGCAUCACUGUAAACUCUACAUAUCCAAGUAUCUGAUCAGCAUAUUACUGUGCUGGAGUUCUACAACUGAAAAACUUAUGCGUUCGUCAAAGAUCUUUGAGUCAAAGUUCCUGAAAAGCUUCUAUCUGCAUGGCAAAAAUUACUCCUAUAUUGUGCAGAACCUUUUUGUGCUAAUUUUUUAAAGGAAAAUUUAAUUUGAAAACUCAUCAAAAUCUAAUUAGAACAAUUACUUGAGAAGAACAUUGCCAGUAGCAAAUGGCUCUUGUUCAGCAGAUAAGUUCUGAUCCCUAUUUCUGGACUCAGUGUUAAAAUGACAGCCAUCAGUUUCCUUACAGACCUCUACGGAGGGGAGAGAAGACUGGCAGACUUCUAGUAAAUUCCUAUCUCGUGCCAGUGACUCUAGCAUGUUUGUACCUGUUACUUGCAAUGCAGUUCAGUCUUUCCUGAGGUGUCCAAAUAUCUCCCCUCUCUCCAGUGGAAUCUUCAGUUAUAAUGCUGUGGAGGGAUUUCAAAGCAAAAGAUGACAGAAAUGCUCAGCAUAAAAAUAACAUUUUGGCUGUUUAAUUGAAUACCAAAAAACUACAGAGCAAAUAUUUUUGAACAGUCUUAAGACAGAGACUUGGAGCUGCCUUUGAGAAACUUGCAAUUGCGUUCUUUCAUCAUGUCUUGCUGAGGAACUUAUGUAAAUGGCGAUUCUCAGAUUCGUAAAUUCUGAUGCAUUCAGAAGGAAAACACCGAGGGAGGUCAGUGAUCUUCCUUGAAUGUAGAAUGAGUCUAGUAGGUAUUUAAAGCAAUGAUCAGAUACCUUUAUUUAAUCAAUCAGUCCCACUGUUUUUGAUUGCUUGCUUUGUGAAAAGUUCCUGCAGACUAGUUGUGGAGAGAACUAUAGUUAACCAUAGUUAAAUGAAACAAUUUUGUCCUUAGUUUAAAAAUGACGGCUAGACAGAACUGUGAAUAAUCAUUAAUUUGUUUAGUAGAUUAUCACGUUUGAAUCUUUUGCUGUUGUGAUCGGAGAUUUACUGACUUCUCUCUCACUAUCAAAAUAUUACUGUACAGUAAAAUAUAGAGACACGUAAAUAUAAUCCAAGUUGCAAUAGGUAGAGUGGCUAUACUGUUCUUUGUAAAAUGGGAUAUUCAUUCUUAUUUUCUCUACUGUGCACUCACUUUUUAACCAGUAUGCAUUGUAUUUAUACUUUGCCAUAUUUCAUUUUGGUUUUGUCCUUAUAUCCACCUGUUCAUAAAUAAAGAUUUCCCUGUAUUUUAUUUCCAAACUGUUGAAAUCGAUCAAGCCCAGAAGCCUAGAAUAUGACAUUUUAUGUAUCUUCACAGCAAUCCACUUAUGGCAUUCAUCAUCAGAAACUGUUUUCAAAUGCCACUUCUCAUUUAUUUGAUUCGAUGAGCAAAAUGGAAUCAAAUUUCAUUACUCUGAAGUAGAGAAAAGUUUUUCCUCUAAAACUGGGUAGGACUCCUAAAAUUCUGCCUCAUUCCCUUUGCAAGUACUGUGUCAACAGACAUUUUGUAUUAUAUUCUGAAAUAGUAAUAAUUCUGUGUCUGUGAGAAAAGUACAGUGGAAUAGACAAUAUUUGGAUAUAAAUCGCACUGUGCCUAUGGUUGUAGCAAAUAACCAGUAGAUUGUUUUCUAUUUCAGAUGUUGCGAAAAGUUCAGAACCCGAAGUUAUCUUCCAAUUACGAUGGCUCUCCUUUCCUAUGCUUGUAUAACUCUACUAUCUUCAUUACUUAUUUUAUUUUUUAAUUCGGAUUUGCAAUAGCAUGAAAUCAAACAUAGGAAGACACCAGAGACCAUUGAGAUCUAGUUUAACUUCAGGUGUGUUGUAAGCUACUAAAUAAAUCCAGGAAGUACAAUCAAACUCAAGGUUUCAUUAAAAGGGAGACUUCAUCCACUAAAACGUUCAUGUUAUUCCAUUAGUUCUAAAGAUCUGUUCAGUAAAGGACUAUAUUCGUGAUUUAAGGCUGAAUCCUACAACAAGUUCCUUUAUUCAAAAGGUUUCUUAUCUUUCCUAUAGAUAUAACACUCCGUUAAAGAUAGAUGUUCCAGUAAGUUUCAGAUUCCCAGGAUUAUUCCUUUAUUCACACAUUUCCACUAUGAAAUAUUAUGAAAUGUUAUUUUACGAAAAUGGCAAUUCAUGUGAAUGAACAUCUUGCUCAUCUGUCUUCCAAGCAGAAGCAUACUGCUUUUUGUAAAUAGCUUUUCCUUAUGGCCAGCUCCGUGUUAAAUCCUGCUGGCUCCCUCCUUCGUGUAGGAGGGAGAAGCGUUCCAUACGCAGUCUUACAUAAACUGACUGCAGUAGCAUUAGACAGGAUCCUGUGAGCACAGAAGCUGAGUAUUUGAUUGUAUCCAUUAUCCAUGUUGAAAGGUGUAAACUCAUGAGAAUUACUCAACAGAAAUGAUAUUGAGAAAGAGGGAGAUAAUGGGAGAUAGGAGACAAAGACCUUAAAGGAUCCAUUUGAGGAAGUGGAGAAGAAUGAGAGUUGUCUAAAAUAUUGAAUCCCACCUCUGGGGAUUCUUGUGAAUUAUCCUGGGUCUUAGCUUGACUCAAGAAUCUGUUCUCUGAAGCUAACACAAACUGGGAUAUAUCUAUAAGGAGUGCUAAGGUUUCAUUUAUCUGUGUCUGUUUAAAGUAUCGAUGCUGAUUGCAAGCUGACAACGGCUGGGAAUCCCUCUUCAAAGAGUGCCAAUCCUAAUACAUAAUAUUGUUUCACUCUCAUUUUGUUGAGUGAAACAACACAAAGUAGGUUAUUUUUAUUUCUUCAAAGGAUAACAUGGAAGUUUUUAAUCUGUUUGAUUAUGAAUCUGAACUGUGGAACUUCACUGGCAUCAGCUGAAUCUCUAGUUUGGACCAAUUCAAGUAUUUUACAAAAGAAGCCUUAUUAUUAUCUAAUGGCUGAGUUAUAACUUCAAGGUUGAUCAAAAGCCUGUUUUCUAAAUUGACUAACUUUUUCCUAAAUAUUUCACAAUAAAAAAUAUUCCUAUAAUAGUCUCCUAUUUAAAAGGUACAACCAUUAAGAAGAAAAAUAAGAUAUAAUAAUAUCUUCACAGGAGGGGAAAAAAAAGUUAAAUUUAAAUCAUCAGGUCUCAAUCAAAGGCUUUCAGUUUCUUAGGAUCUUUCAGGAUAGACUGUAGAACACACUUCACCUAUACAGAUCCAUGAGUCAGCAGAAUUUAAAGCAGAUGAACGAUGGACCCUUUCAGCUUUGCCUUUCAUAGGCCCAUUAUAUGCUUGCAACCAUAUUUUGUGCUCCACAAUUAGACAACAAAAAGUUAGGUGCAUCUCUCAGCAAGUGAAAGCAAAGAACAAAAAGAGAAAGAGGAAGAACAAAAAAUCCCACAAAAGACGUGAGGGAACAAGAAGUACUCAGGUUCUACAAUUCUUGCAACGUACUGCUGCUUUAUAUUACAGAAGCCGUAGGAGCAGCCGGGGAACCAGAUGGCCAUGUUGCCAACUCAGGGUGUCUUGCCAGCAGCUUCCUGCAGGUGCACGAAGAGAUUGAUCAAAAGCUAAUGCACUCAAUUCAUUAAUGUCAUGAUUUCCUAUACCUAAUGAUGUUGAUCUCUGAGUAGUGAACAUCACCCUGACCCCAGGUGGCUUGUUGACCCAAGAGUCACAGUUUUGUGGCUUCAGUCUUUUGUUUGCUAUUCUCUGCUUAAACCACACUAAAGCACCAUUCUCUUCAGCCUUUUGGAUAACACGCUGUGUGGUUUCCCAUGGGUGUUGACAGUCAAACUGGGAUUCAUUUUCUCUUAGCUAAUGUCAAUUUGAAAAAGUUCCAGUUAACAAGAGCUUAAAAGCCUCUGUUGGCUUUUAAGGUUGCGAUUUAGAUACAGUCUCUGUAUUUGAGCCUUUCUUGUACCACAGGAGCACCAGAUAAUACAGAUUGGAAGACAUCUCAGGAGGGUUUUAUCUCUCAAGUAAGGAACAUCAUUUGUGGGUUAGGGGUUUUGUUUGUUUGUUUGUUUUGGGUGGGUUUUUUUUAAACCGAUCUUGCUUUAUCUGCAUGAAAAGAAGAUAUCACAAUUUUAUGGAUACUUUGAUCCCAAAUUGUUAAAAGUAAUAGGUUUAAAAGCAUCAACCAAACUCAAAAGUUUAAAAUAUGUAUAAAUAGGCUAUUAUUGUGAAGAUUAACAGUAGGUGUAGUAUUAAUUUUCUUGCCCACAGAAUAGGAUCAAGGAGAGAAUCAUACAUCUUUGUUGGAAAAGUUUCAUAUAGAUAGAGAAAAAUUGCAUCAGAGCUUCUCACAAUGCAAGCCAUUUGAGAUAUAAAAAGAAUUAAGUUGCUUGUAGGAUUCAUAGUUCCAUGUAUAUCAAUUCUUCCAUGAGUGUUACAUGUAGAAAGUUACUGAAGUCUAAGUCAUGGCACAUCAAGACCUCUAUGUUUCAGAAGUCCAGUGUUAAAGUAUAGUGCAAUACUCUGAAAACUUUGGAGUAAAAGCUGAGAAGCUGAUGAUGAGAUCAUCUUAUCUGCUUUAUAAAAUGUGUUGCUUCCUGCCUUCAGGUGAGCGCAUGUACUUAAGUAAAUUGCACCUCAUGUUGCUUGAAAGUAAUGAAUGGUAAUGACAGAUAAUAGUGUCUUGUUUCCAAUUAGCAGUACCAAGAGAGCCUAAGGUUUCUAGAUCACCAUAUUUUCCAGGAACAGUCUGAGAACUUUAGAAUUAAAUAAACAAGUUUUAUUUAUGGUGAAUGCAUUUGUUGAUGAUUUCCUUCCUCAGCUGGGCAUGAUGCAAAUGAAGUACAUCUCUCGUAGUUCAAUAAUCUAAAAAAGACCUUAUGCAUAUAAAGCCAUAUUCUAGCACUUAUUUUUUAUAAACAUCAUCUGUUCACAGUAUCACAGUAUGUUUGGGAUUGGAAGGGACCUCAAAAGAUCAUCUAGUCCAAUCCCCCUGCUGGAGCAGGAACGCCUAGGUGAGGUCACACAGGAACAUGUCCAGGUGGGUUUUGAGUGUCUCCAGGGAAGGAGACUCCACAACCUCCCUGGGCAGCCUGUUCCAGUGUCUGUCACCCUCACUGUGAAGAAGUUUCUUCUCAAAUUUAAGUGGAACCUUCUGUGUUCCAGCUUGAUCCCAUUACCCCUUGUCCUAUCAUUGUUUGCCACCAAGAAGAGCCUGGCUCCAUUCUCGUGGCACUCACCCUUUAUAUAUUUAUAAACAUUAAUAAGGUCACCCCUCAGCCUCCUCUUCUCCAAACUAAAGAGACCCAGCUCCCUCAGCCUUUCUUCAUAAGGGAGAUGCUCCACUCCCUUAAUCAUCUUUGUUGCCCUACGCUGGACCCUCUCCAGCAGUUCCCUGUCCUUCUGGAACUGAGGGGCCCCGAACCGGACACAGUAUUCCAGUUGUUCACUUUGCUAAAAAACAGAGGAAAAUGUUUACAAACACAUGCAUGUAAUAGAUUACCAUGAAUAUUCAGAAAAGUUUAAAAUAGAGACGACUAAUGAAUAAGCAGUCUGGCUCACAAAAUGUGAGUUUAAAUCAGGUAUUUCAUACUAAGAAAUUUUCUUCACUUAGGUAUUGUUCAAUAAAAUUUCUAAUAUGAGUUGGCAAGGAAUUUGAAACGCCAUUUUGUCUCAAAUCUAUGAAAAAUGUGUAUUAUUCAGGAAAAUAAAGCUGGAGAACUUAGGUCACAAUCAUGUAUUGUACUAUGAAUUAUGUGUUUUCAGAAAUGUGUUAAGUAUUGUGCUCACAGAUAUCAAAUAUGCAGUAUAUAACAAAUCACUUUCUUUCUACAGUUGCAAUAUAACUUGUUAUUUUAAUGGUUUGUGUAUUAACUUUGUAUUCUAUUUAUAAUGUAUUUCAGUUCAGAAUGUUCCCUGUGCAGGAUUUUUAUCUCACAUUGUUAUUGUCUGUAUGAUUGUGUGUUUUUUUCUCUAAUAAAAACGUACAACAACAAAACAUAGCAAUGAAUUUUUACUUGCUGUUGCAAGUCUUGCAUUUUGCUGGAUGUUAUGUCGAUGGUAGUAGCUCAAGGCCCUACUCGGUGACCACUGAAAGCAGGACUGCUGUUCAUAACUUACUGGCCUUUGGAUUGGGUCCCAAACGUGCUGCUUUUAAAGCUGACCUUCGGAUGCAGCCACUUUGUUUUAUAAAAUGUAUCAGGAAGAAUUAUUAACAUCUUAUCUACUGGCAGAAGAUGGGAGUUCUGGGCUUCCUUCUCUUGUAACUCCACUCACUAGUCCAACACCCUCCUCCACUCAGAAAAACAGGCAUUAUGCCAAAAUGCACCUGCUUAAAUUGUACUACAGUAGAUUUUUCAUACGGCUGUCUGAUUGGGUGCUAAGUCAUCUGUCUGUUCUGUA